CAAUUAGUUAUUCAGUAUAAAUAUAAGUAGCUAUGUCGCAAUAUUUAAUUCGUACAUUUAUGUUCAACAAAUAUUUAUGAACACUGUUGGGUAGGUAGUUAUGCAAAUUGCGGUUUCAAGGCAUCGUAGGUAUGUGGAUGUUGUUAUUUUCCGAAUAAGAAGACGCUUUUUGACAUAUCAGUUACUGAUCUAGUGAUAUCAUAUCAGUAGGUACCCACCUAGUGUUCCAUACAACGUGCUUUGUGUUCAUAUUACAGCGUACUCCAUAGUGUAGCACCUAUAUGUAAUUAAAUAACUCACUUCUAAUUCUAAUAUAAUAGUUGGGAACAAGAUGUCUUUUCUCUCGGUCGUGUUUGCUUGUCUGGCCGGUUUCAUAUUAAUAUCUGCUGAUAAUUUGAAUAAUGUUCUGUUUAAUGGCGACUAUGAGUUCAUAGAUCUGACCCACCCGUUUGAUAACAACACGGUUUACUGGCUCAACACACAAAGCUUCGUGUUUACUAAGAAAACUGAAGGCAACAUAAUAAAUGGAAACUGGUACGCAUCAAAUGAGUUUGCCGCUGGGGAGCAUGGCGGCACGCACCUCGACGCACCCUAUCACUUCUUUGAGUCUGGAGCACAUGUCGGAGAAUUGCCUCUGGAAAAACUGAUCGUACCUCUAAUAAUCGUUGACAUCAGUGGCAAAGUGAAUGGCGAUCCUAAUUUCGUUCUAUACAAGCAUCACUUGGACUAUAUCUUGAAUGACAAUUUGGGCAAACCUUGCGUGCUCAUAUUUAAAUUUGGAUGGAGUCAGUAUUUCGGUGAUCGGAAGAAGUAUUUGGGUUUGGAUGAACAAAAGCAAACAUUGAAUUUCCCGGGUCUUAGCGGAGAAAUGGCAGAAUGGAUUACGUCAUCCCACAAGAACGUUGUUGGGAUCGGCGUGGAUACCGCAUCCGUGGACUCUGGCUCCAGCCAAGACUACCCCGUACACCAGAUCAACGCUAAACAUGGCCUAUAUCACAUGGAGAAUGUUAAUCUGUCUAAACCCGUACCAGAGUAUGGUUGUACAGCCUUGGUGAUGCCUAUGAAGAUCGCCGAGGGAACUGGCGCACCUCUACGUUUGGUGGCGAUAUGCCCCAAGAAGCAGCCAGAUAAAUUCUGAUUUGUGUGCAUCUACUUUCAGUUAUUAUCGUUCUGUUUGAAAUAUACUUACUCAUACUUUAUUGCUUUAUUGAUAGAAGUCAAAAUUUACAAUAUAAUUUUAUUAUUUUUA